GGCCCGUUGUCAGGCUGGCUCAGCUCCAGGCUCUGCCCCGUCCCUCCCCUGCUCUGGCGCCGCCUGUCCCGCCCCCCUGCGGGAAGCGCUGACUCGGCAGCGAGGGCCAGGCCUGGCAGUGGUGCAGCUGCUCGUGCCCGUCACAGCCAUGGCCGUCGGGCGCGGGCUGGGCAGGGCCUGGGCUGGCUGCAGCCGGCAGGGCCGGAGGCUGGCUCAUGCCGGGGCCAGGGGCCAGCUGCAGCGGGAGUACGACGCCGUGGUGAUAGGGGGAGGGCACAACGGGCUGGUUGCAGCUGCCUACCUGCAGAAGUCGGGCGUGCGGACAGCUGUGCUGGAGAGGCGUCACCUUCUGGGAGGCGCUGCGGUCACAGAGGAGAUUGUCCCAGGCUUUAAGUUCUCCAGAGCAUCCUACCUGCUCAGCCUGCUGCGGCCGCAGAUCUCCACGGAGCUGGAGCUGCAGCGGCAUGGUCUGAGGGUCUACGCCCGUGACCCCUACUCCUUCACCCCCCUGCUGGAGGAUGGGCAAGCCCGGCGCUCGCUCCUGCUGGGCCACGACAUGGCGGACACCCAGCGGCAGAUCGCUCAGUUCUCCUCCAAGGAUGCGCAGGCCUAUCCAAAGUACGAGGCAUUCCUGAGCCGCUUGGUGUCGGCCCUUGACCCGCUGCUGGACGCCGCGCCGGUGGACCCCGCCGCCUGGAGCCAGGGCCCCCUGCUGCAGCGGCUCCGCGCCCUGCGAGGCCUGCAGCCCCUCCUGCGGGCGGGCCUGGCGCUGGGGAAGCAGCUGCCCCAGUAUUACCAAGUACUCACAGCCCCAAUCACCAGGAUCUUGGAUCUCUGGUUCGAGUCGGAGCCCCUGAAAGCGACCCUGGCUACGGACGCAGUGAUCGGCGCCAUGGCCAGUCCCCACACGCCCGGCAGCGGGUACGUGUUGCUGCACCACGUGAUGGGCGAGCUGGAGGGGCGGAAGGGGGCCUGGGGCUACGUGGCAGGCGGCAUGGGAGGGGUGUCCCAGGCCAUCGCCAGCGCAGCCGCUGCCCACGGGGCAGACAUCUUCACCGAGAAGCCGGUCGCCCGCGUGCUGCUGGGCCCCCGUGGGGAGGCGCAGGGUGUCGUCCUGCAGGACGGGACCGAGGUGAAGAGCAAACUGGUUCUGUCCAACGCGUCCGCUCAGCUCACGUUCCUGCAGCUCGUUCCCCAGGGGCAGCUGCCGGACGAGUUCCUCCAGCGAGUGGCGCAGUUCGACACGCGCUCCCCCGUCACCAAGAUCAACGUGGCUGUGGAUCGGCUGCCCAGCUUCGUGGCUGCGCCCAACGCCGGUGAUGGCCGCCCGCUGCCCCAUCACCAGUGCUCCAUCCACCUGAACUGCGAGGACACGCACCUCCUCCACCGCGCCUUCCAGGAGGCCAGCAGUGGGGAGCCGUCCACCAGGCCCAUGAUCGAGCUGUGCAUCCCCUCUGCUCUGGACCCCACGCUGGCUCCCCCGGGCUGCCAUGUGGUCUCUCUCUUCACGCAGUACACCCCAUACGCGCUGGCCGGCGGGCGGCCGUGGGACGAGCAGGAGCAGAACGCGUACGCCGACAGGGUGUUUGACUGGGUCGAGGCCUACGCGCCAGGCUUCAAGGCAUCCGUCAUCGGCAGAGACAUCCUGACGCCGCCGGCUUUGGAGAAGAUCUUUGGGCUGCCCGGAGGGAAUAUAUUCCACGGUGCGAUGUCUCUGGACCAGCUGUACUUUGCCCGGCCUGUGCCCUCGUACUCUGGCUACAGGUCCCCGAUCCCAGGCCUGUACCUCUGCGGCAGUGGCGCCCACCCCGGUGGGGGAGUGAUGGGCGCUCCAGGCCGCAACGCAGCCAGCGUGGCCCUCAAGGACUUCAAGCACGUGUGAUGGCAGAGGUGACGCACCAGCCUAGCCCAGGGAAACGGAUGGUGGCUGUCGUGACCUGGCUACGCGGGUGCCUCUCACCACCCCCCACACACCCCACAGCAUGGUGCUGUUAGAGCGAGCUCUGCCCUGGGGCUGCUGCCUCCCCCCGCCCCCGUGCUCUGAGUGUUUACACCGUUGCUCUUACCUGUCUCUGGCAUGGUAACCAGGCCGUGUGGGGCUGGCAGAGCCCUGUCUGCUCCUAGCCCAUCCUGCCCUGGCAGUGCUGGUCCCAGCGCACACGCCGCAGAGCCCAGGGGAUCAAGCCCCGUCCCGGAGCUGCCCACAGAGGGCUGUUGGCAGGGGCAGGUCUAGCUCUGCCUGGAGAGGGACACUGGCCAACCCUUGCUAGUGUAGACAAAGCCCAGGGCAGACUGAGCCGUUGCCUGCUCUCCUAGAACCGCCAGGCACAGCCCUGGCCAGGGUCAUCUCCUUGCCCCUGAGCUAAGCUGAAGUCUGGACCAUGGUGCACAACCCCUCAGUCAGCAGCAGAAUAAAAAUCCCAUCAGCUGCCACGCUUGUCGUGUCGUGUUAUGCCAUGCCAUAGAAUCAUAGAAGAUUAGGGUUGGAAGGGACCUCAGGAGGUCAUCUAGUCCAACCCCCUGCUCAAAGCAGGACCAACUAAAUCAGCCCAGCCAGGGCUUUGUCAAACUGGGCCUUAAAAACCUCUAAGGAAGGAGAUUCCACCCCCUCCCUAGGGAACCCAUUCCAGCACUUCACCACCCUCCUAGUGAAAGAGGUUUUUCCUAAUAUCCAAGCUAGACCUCCCUCACUGCAACUUGAGACCAUUGCUCCUUGGUCUGUCAUCUGCCACCACUGAGAACAGCCGAGCUCUACGCACUCCCUUUCCGUGGCCCCACAAAGUCACGGGACCUCCUGGUCAGCCUCCUCCUGGCCCUGGCUAAAACGGCCAUCUAUAAAACCAGAGUGAGGAGGCUGGCCAAUGGAGACUCCUGUGACUGUGGGGCCUGUUUCCGAUCCUCGGUCUGUUCACGUAUCCAGGCAGUGUCCACUGGCUCCCUUGACGCCUUUGAGGAGCAGUGGGCGCUGUCCAGGGUUCUCUGCUCAGUGUCCCCGUCAGGCUCCCUUCUUUUGACCCUUUGACCGCACUCCUGUCCCUGUUAUUUCAUUAGUUGUCCCCCGGAAUCAUUUGGUUUCCAGGUCCUGUAGAUCUUCCCUUUAGGCUGGGGCGGGGGGAGGGGGGUGGUCCUUAAGCAGUGGGACCGUAUCCCUACCCUCCAGCGUAUCUACCUCUCCCCUCCAUCUUAGUGUCAUCUGUGAACUUGCUGAGGGUGCAAUCCAUCCUGUCAUCCAGAUCAUUAAUAAAGAUGUUGAACAAAACCGGCCCUGGGACCGACCCUUGGGGCACUCCGCUUGAUACCGACUGCCAACUAGACAUGGAGCCAUUGAUCACCACCUGUUGAGCCCGACAAUCUAGCCAGCUUUCUAUCCACCUCAUAGUCUAUUCAUCCAGCCCAUACUUCUUUAACUUGCUGGCAAGAAUACUGUGGGAGACCGUGUCAAAAGCUUUGCUAAAGUCAAGAUAUAUCACAUCCACCGCUUUCCCCAUAUCCACAGAGUCAGUUAUCUCAUCAUAGAAGGCAAUCAGGUUGGUCAGGCAUGACUUGCCCUUGGUGAAUCCAUGUUGACUGUUCCUGAGCACCUUCUGUGAUGUUAUGAGUGUAAUAUCUCAUUGAAAGGUGACAGGGCCAGAAAGAGUUAAUUAACUCCCAGACUGACCUGACCCCGGGCCGAACUUUAGAGGCUGGUUAGGAAGAGAUGGAAACGAAUAGAGCUUUGAAAUGCAGCCUGCCUUGUUAGAGAUAGAAGGGGAGAUGUUUGUUCAGGUCUUGUGAUGUCAGCAAAGAAGUCUUGUCUACGGCUGUAGCAUUGAUUCAAAGAACAAAAGAGGAAUAUUAACAUUUAGGAAGAUACUUGAGUGAAAUCGUAUUAUUGUCUGUGUCUCUUUGAAGGUUGUGAUAGCCUGUAUCUGAACGGUUUAAUGGAUAAAUUAUCCUGUGCUAAUUGCCAUGGCGUUUGGGAGAAGGAAAGUUAAGCCUAUUGUCUUCUCAGGCCAAAAGGCUGCAGGAAAUGUGUAAAAACCCUGGGACACGAUCCUUCCUCAUCUCAGAUCUGCUUUGGGUUUCAAGAGGGGGAAACCUUAAGCCACAAGGAUUGAGAUCCCCAGUUGCUGACUAGAGUCACCCUGAGCAUGGACAUUGGACUAUAACCUCUGGACUAUUUCUAAAAGGACUUUUGGCCACUACAAACUCAUCUCUGCUGUGUAUCUGGACCUCAACAAUUGAACUCAAGUCUGUCUGUAUACUGAUCUUUUAACCAACACUCUCUCUCUUUUCUUUUUAAAUAAAUUUUAGUUUAGUUAAUAAGAA